AUAGCGAACCAGGGAGCCGGCGCAGACAAGCAAGCGCAGUGCUGGCCAGCUAGGGAGUCGGGGCCGCGUCAGUUACGGACCGGGUUCCACAGUGAAAGCAACGAGGGCGAACGUUUGCUGUCAUCUUCCAGCAAUUACGGAUACCCACGGAUACACUGGUACUGUCGAAAGCGCUGCAUCUUCGGCAUUGGAUUGCGCGCCGCACGGUCGACAAGCGACAUUUGGACCCCCGACGACUCCAACAAUUGUGCUCCUUCUGCAUGCGCCAAUCGGCAAGCCCCGGGUUAUUUGCAUAAGCAGAGAGGAUCGUGAUUUGGGGUUGACGAGCUAAGCAGGAGUAAGGAGCCGGUCAACAAAGGCACGGAACAGACGAACCACAAGAACUGCUCCGCCCAGGAACCACACCUUGACCGGAUCUGCUCGGCUCCUUUCCACACUUAUGCGCUGACGGGCUGUUGCGGAUGGCUAACUGCCCCUAGCGGAACGCUGGCGCGCCAUGAGCUCCCUCAAAUUCGUGGUGUCCUCGCUGGACAUCAUCGCCGCACAAGCCGGCCGCAACAAGCAGCUCGCCGAGCUCGCCGAGAAAGCCCUCGCGGCUAUCAAAGAAAACGACCAGCAGCUGCCCGAUCCUGAAGUUGUCUUCGCCCCCUUGCAGCUUGCCACGAAAUCCGGCACUGUCCCCCUCACCACCACCGCGCUUGACUGCAUCGGGAAGCUGAUCUCGUACUCGUACUUCUCCGCGCCCUCCUCUUCCGCUGGCCAGAAUGGUGCCGAACAGACGCCCCUCAUCGAGAGGGCCAUCGACACAAUAUGCGACUGCUUCCAGGGCGAGACGACGUUGGUCGAGAUCCAACUGCAGAUCGUCAAGUCCCUGCUUGCUGCGGUUCUAAACGACAAGAUUAUCGUACAUGGCGCGGGCUUGCUCAAGGCGGUGCGGCAGGUUUACAACAUCUUCCUGCUGUCCCGGAGUACGGCGAACCAGCAGGUGGCGCAGGGGACCCUGACGCAGAUGGUCGGUACGGUGUUCGAGAGAGUGAAGACUCGCUUGCACAUGAAGGAGGCACGUCAAAACCUAGGGAAGCUGAAGGCGAGCCGGAGUAGCUUAGCUGUGGACCGAUCCGAUGACCAGGAUACCGAGGCGGCCAAGGCCGACGCCGACAGCGAGGACGCUACCGAGGCUAACGCGUCCAACGAGGCCGUCUCAGACGCCGGUCCUUCCGAGACGAACGAUCAAGCCGCUGGCAAGCUCACUCUGAAGGAUUUGGAAAAUCGAAAGAGCUUCGAUGACUCCCACAUGGGCGAUGGGCCCACCAUGGUUAGCCAGGUCAAGCCCAUGAAGAAGGUAGCGAGGUCCGUCUCCGAGCAGAGCAUCCCUGAAAGCUCCCAAGAGGAGACGCCGGAGUCGCUAGACGCCGAAGACGAGGCAUACAUCCGGGAUGCGUACCUGGUGUUCCGCUCCUUUUGCAAUCUGUCGACAAAAGUCUUGCCGCCAGACCAACUCUAUGACCUCCGAGGACAGCCGAUGCGCUCGAAGCUGAUCUCCCUCCACCUCAUCCACACGCUCCUUAACAACAACAUUACCGUCUUCACCUCGCCACUGUGUACCAUCAGGAACAGCAAGAACAACGAGCCCACAAACUUCCUGCAGGCCAUCAAGUAUUACCUCUGCCUAAGCAUCACCCGUAAUGGAGCGAGUUCAGUGGACAGGGUCUUCGAUAUAUGCUGCGAGAUCUUCUGGUUGAUGCUGAAGUACAUGCGGUCCUCCUUCAAGAACGAGAUUGUUGUCUUCAUGAAUGAGAUCUACCUCGCCCUCCUGGCUCGGAAGAAUGCCCCGUUGUCGCAGAAACUCGCGUUUGUGGGCAUCCUGAAGAGACUAUGCGAGGACCCCCGGGCUCUUGUGGAGAUCUAUCUCAAUUACGACUGUGACCGAAAUGUCGACAACAUUUUCCAGAGUAUCGUAGAAGACCUGUCGCGGUUUGCGACGGCGUCGAUACCCAUCCCCCCGACUCAAGAGCAGCAGUUUGAAGAGAAUCGCUCCAAGUCCACGGCGGGCGGCGAGUGGCAGAUCAAGAGCGUUUUGCCCCCGCCGCUUUCGGUCGCUCUCAUUGCGACACAUCACGAAACAGACAGCGAGAUACCCAAGGAGUAUGUGCUCAAGCGAGCGGCCCUCGACUCCCUAGUGGAGACGUUGAGAUCACUAGUGCAAUGGUCACAGCCGGGAAGGCCCGAGAUCAACGGCACAGGCGGUGAUGUGCAGCGGAGGGUCUCAAGCGACGAUCUCCGAGACUCCAUUGAUCCCUCGGCGAGCGACACAGCGUCCCGGAUGGACACGCCAAUUCCCCCAUCCACCCCUGUCAUUGAUGACGACCCCGAUCAGCUGGAAAAGGAAAAAGCGAGGAAGACGGCCAUGGUCAAUGCGAUCAAGGUCUUCAACUUCAAGCCGAAGCAUGGUAUCAAGCUCCUUAUCAAGGAGGGUUUCAUAGCAAGCGACAAGCCCGAGGAUAUUGCUCGGUUCCUGCUGCGCGAAGAUCGUCUGGACAAGGCUCAGAUAGGCGAGUUCCUCGGCGAGGGUGAUCAAAAGAACGUCGACAUCAUGCACGCGUUCGUCGACAUGAUGGACUUCAGCAAGAAGCGCUUCGUCGAUGCGCUCCGGGAGUUCCUGCAGGCGUUCCGCUUGCCGGGAGAGGCGCAGAAGAUCGACCGCUUCAUGCUCAAGUUUGCCCAUCGGUACAUGACGGGCAACCCGAACGCAUUCGCCAACGCCGACACCCCUUAUGUGCUCGCGUAUUCCGUCAUCCUGCUGAACACGGAUCUGCACAGCAGCAAAAUAGUAAACCGAAUGUCCAAGGCUGAAUUCAUCAAGAACAACCGCGGCAUCAACGACAACGCCGACCUCCCAGACGAAUACCUCCUCGCCAUUUACGACGAUAUUGCCAGCAACGAGAUUGUGCUGAAGAGCGAGCGGGAAGCUGCGGCUGCGGCUGGGACCCUCACGGCGCAGUCAGGGGGGCUGGCUGCAGGGCUUGGCCAGGCCUUCUCGAACGUCGGGCGUGACUUGCAGCGGGAGGCAUAUGUGCAGCAAUCUGAAGAAAUCUCUCUGCGGUCUGAGCAGCUCUUCCGAGACCUCUACCGCAGCCAGCGGAAGAGCGCCACGAAAGGGGGCGCCAAGUUCAUCUCAGCGACUUCGUUCAAGCACGCUGGUCCAAUGUUCGACGCAACGUGGAUGUCAUUCUUCUCCGCGCUCUCUAGCCUUCUCCAGAAGACGCAUAACCUCGAUGUUAACAAGUUGUGCCUGGAGGGGAUGAAGCUGGCAACGAGGAUAGCCUGCCUAUUCGACCUCGCAACCCCUCGCGAAGCCUUCAUUUCCGUGCUCAAGAACACGGCCAAUCUCAACAAUCCACGAGAGAUGCAGACAAAGAAUGUCGAAGCCCUGAAGGUGCUCCUCGACGUUGCUCAGACAGAGGGCAAUCGGCUCAAGGAGUCGUGGAAGGAUGUGCUCCUCUGCAUCAGCCAGCUCGAUCGGCUCCAGCUGAUAUCGGGAGGCGUCGACGAAAGCGCCGUUCCGGACGUCUCCAAAGCCCGCUUCGUACCAUCGCGAACCGAGACCAGCGACUCUCGCAAGUCAACCUCUUCCGUCAGGAGAAACCGGCCCCGAGCUCCGACUGGCCCGCAAGGCGUCUCGCUGGAAAUUGCACUCGAGAGCAGGUCCGACGAGGUCAUCAAGAGUGUCGACAGGAUAUUUACAAAUACGGCCCAUCUGUCGAGGGACGCGAUCAUCCACUUUGCUCGGGCACUGACAGAAGUCAGUUGGGACGAGAUCAGGGUGUCCGGGUCGAACGACUCUCCCCGCACGUACAGUCUCCAGAAGAUCGUCGAGAUCAGCUACUACAACAUGACCCGUGUCAGGUUCGAAUGGAGCCACAUCUGGGAGGUCCUGGGAGAACAUUUCAACCGGGUCGGCUGCCACGCCAACACCGCCAUCGUCUUCUUCGCCCUGGACUCGCUGCGUCAGCUUUCGAUGCGCUUCAUGGAGAUCGAAGAGCUGGCCGGCUUCAAGUUUCAGAAGGACUUCCUCAAGCCCUUUGAGCAUGUCAUGUCCAACUCGAGCAACAUCACGGUCAAGGACAUGAUCCUCCGCUGCCUCAUCCAGAUGAUCCAGGCCAGGGGAGAGAACAUCCGGUCCGGCUGGCGGACCAUGUUUGGUGUCUUCACUGUCGCCGCGCGGGAGCCCUACGAGAGCAUCGUCAACCUGGCCUACGAGAACGUCACGCAAGUUUACCGGACGCGGUUCGGUGUGGUCAUUUCUCAGGGCGCAUUCACGGACCUGAUCGUCUGCCUCACCGAGUUCUCCAAGAACAUGCGCUUCCAGAAGAAGAGCCUGCAGGCCAUGGAGACGCUGAAGUCCAUCAUCCCCACAAUGCUCAAGACGCCGGAAUGCCCCCUGUCGCAACAGAAGUCGGCAGCUGACUCCAACCAGCCAGAGCCGAAUCCCAAGUCGCCCGCCCAGCAGAGUCGCACGUCCGUCGAGGAAGGGUUCUGGUUCCCCGUCCUCUUUGCCUUCCACGACGUCUUGAUGACCGGGGAGGACCUCGAGGUGCGGUCGAAUGCGCUCAACUACUUCUUUGAGACACUCUUGCGGUACGGCGGCGAUUUCCCGUCGGAAUUCUGGGACAUCCUCUGGAGGCAGCAGCUGUAUCCCAUCUUUAUGGUCCUGCGGUCACGGCCCGAGAUGACAAACGCGCUCAACCACGAGGAGCUGUCCGUGUGGCUGUCGACCACGAUGAUCCAGGCGCUCCGCAACAUGAUCACGCUCUUCACCCACUACUUCGACGCGCUCGAGUACAUGCUAGACCGGUUCCUCGAACUUCUCGCGCUGUGCAUCUGCCAGGAGAACGACACCAUCGCCCGGAUAGGAAGCAACUGCCUGCAGCAGCUCAUCCUCCAGAACGUAACCAAGUUCACCCCCGAGCACUGGGCCAAGAUCGUCGGGGCGUUCUGCGAGCUGUUCGAGAGGACGACAGCCUACCAGCUGUUCUCGGCCACGACGAUCCACUCCACAGCGUCGAUUUCCCCUCCGCCGAGCGGACUUGAACUCGGCGGCGCCCUCAGCCCGACCUCCGAGACCCCGCCCGUCGACGAGAAGUCGCUGAAGAUCAACGGCGCCGAGGCCAACGGGCACGGCCCAGCGCCCGAGUCGUCCAACGGCGAUGCUGACGAGAACAACAACACCACCAGUAACACGGCGCCAGCAGCGGCAAACCCUUCCGCCAUGGCGGCAACCCCGAACCAACAACUGGAAGAGUUCAAGCCCAACAACCCGCUGCAACAACAACCCGUCGUGGUCACGGCCGCCCGCCGCCGCUUCUUCAACCGCAUCAUCUCGCGCUGCGUCCUACAACUGCUCAUGAUCGAGACAGUCAACGAGCUGUUCAGCAACGACACUGUGUACGCGCAGAUCCCCUCCCCGGAGCUCCUCCGGCUCAUGGCGCUCCUCAAGAAAUCCUUCCUCUUCGCCAAGCGCUUCAACGCCGACAAGGACCUGCGCAUGCGCCUCUGGCGCGAAGGCUUCAUGAAGCAGCCGCCGAACCUGCUCAAGCAGGAGUCCGGCAGCGCUGCCACUUACGUGGCCAUCCUCUUCCGCAUGUUCGGCGACACCUCCCCGGAGCGGCAGGGCAGCAAGGCCGACGUCGAGAGCGCGCUGGUGCCGCUGUGCCAGGACAUCAUCCGGGGGUAUAUCGCGCUGGACGAGGAGAGCCAGCACAGGAAUAUCGUUGCCUGGCGGCCCGUCGUCGUGGACGUGCUCGAGGGCUAUGCCGCAUUUCCCCGUGACGGGUUCGAGGCCCACAUCAAGAGCUUCUAUCCGCUGGUCGUGGAGCUGCUGGGCAAGGAUCUCGGGCAGGAGUUGCGGGCCGCGCUGCUGCUGGUUCUGAGGAGGGUUGGGGAGGUUGGGUUGGGGAUUGCGGGCAUGACGACGACGACGACGACGACGAUGACGGGUUCGGUCACUGCUGCUACUGCUGCUGGGCAGGGGAAUACUACUAGUAAUAAUCAUGGUGGAGCAGGGGGGCGUGAGAGGAGCAGUAGCGUGCUCUCUGUUCCCUCGGCCGGCCCGCGCCACUCCCCCAGCAUGGACAGCUUGAGUGACGAUCCGUCGAGGCAGGUCAUGGGUAAGGUGUGAUGGGAUGAUCACAGCCACAGAGGUGUGUGGAUGUUGUUGCGAAAGCAAUCUAAGGAGGAGUUUGUUUCGGAGUUCGUUUCUUGAAAGGGAGGCUUCACACACUUUACUUGCCUUAUGUUCACAACUUGCAAGCUUCUUAUAGACUUGUAUUGCGCUUUAGAGGUUCAAAAACUGAUGGUCAUCAUCGGCGGGACAUUGUAUUUUUCAUUGUAGUAUCUAACAUAAGGUAGUCCAAAGAGUUGUACCAGCUUUUUUUGUGGAAAGCGAGGAACCUAGGAGUACCUAUCCUGCUGCCCUGGCAUCAUAUAAGCCUGGCUCGGAGCGCACGCGUUGCGGUUAUAGUACUGAUGCCCGGAUGUCUACUUGCAAGUCUCUGCCGGGAGUCAAGGGUUCAAGUUGAGUACGAUCGGUUGCUCACGAAUGGCGCAUAUCCCCCUGUACUAGAGGGCUCAGAGAAAUGCGGUUCCCC